UAGCCUUUGGUCUUUUGGCGACAUCAUCUCAUCCACAAUAGCCAAAAACAUCUUACGGCGACCCUCAUCCUUUGCCCGCUCAACGAGCAACCCGUCUCAAAACUCAAGAACUUUCUCCCGAGCACGAUCGCUCAAGCGGACUUACAGGCAGCCCCCAGCUAAAGGGCGGACCUAUUCAGGGGCAAGGGGGGCUCUGGCCUCCUAGCCCCAGAUUUUUUUUUUUUUAAAAAAAAAAAAAUUAAAAUUUUAUCUUUAAUUUUUUUUUUUUAGUUUUGCCUCCUAAAUUUUAUUUAUUUUCAAUUUGGCUCCCCCAAUUUGUUCCGCCACUGCCCCAGCUCCAUCAACCCGGGGCUGGCCUCAGACAAAGACGGCAAAGAAGGAUCCCCACCGGCUGAGGACUCCGGAGCUGACCCAUCAGAGUACCCCUUAGCUUCCAAAUCGGAACACCCAAAUACAGAGGUCACCGGAGCAGAAGGCAGAGAGGCAGAGGAAGGAGACCCAGGGGCAGACUAACCAGAGUUUUGGCUGGAAAUUUGAUCACGAGUUCUCUCACUCUGAAUGCCUCUGACGUAGUUGAUACUUUAGCCACUAAUGUUGCGGGCUCGGCUUCAUAUCCUCAGACAACCAAUUUUCUUGAUCCUGCUUUUGUUUCGGGUGAACCCAUCUACAAUGUGCAAAGCCAGUGCUCAUCAAAUUCUACAUUUUCUGUUUCCUUUAAGCAGUCAUCCAUUGAGCUGCAAGAAGUUAUUGGAUACCUAUGGGUCUUUGGAACUGGGCUUUUAGGAGGCUUUCUUUUCCAAUUCUUUGUUCAAGAUACAUCGUUCCCAAUUUCAUAUCAGUUUUGCUAUCCGCGGGUUGUGGUUUUUCGUUGCCGAUUCUUUUUGGCUUCUGUUUAUAUGUGAAGCAUUGGAGUUUUUGAAGCUUAGCGUCUGAGCGCAAUUCUGUUGCACCACAAAUAUUGCUGCGGGCGGCUUGAACCUGCCUCCUCCUACCAAAUGAAAAUAUUAUCUUGGAAUUGUCGAGGGUAUCUGGUUUCACCUUUUGAGCUGGGCAGUACCUCAGGCUUGUAACCGAGAUUAGAAGCCUAGCCUAGGAUUCACCAGAUUUAGUAAUUCCCGCCACUCUCAACGGCUAGCUUCCAAUAGCCCAGAGGCAUAUGCCAAACAAACUUCGCUCUUCUCUAGAUAAAUGCUGCUACUCUUUGAUUGUCAAAGCCCUUGAGUACACAGAGAUGCAUCAGCUGUAACAUUCGUGCCUGCAUAUAUGGAACGCCAUUUGUUAAAUUUCCUUCACUCAACCCUGCACAUAAAACAAAUCAAGCAGGUUCACGCCUUGAUUGUCAUAAAUUAUCCUACUCUUACUACAGAUUUCGUUAAAAGUCUACUUCGUUUGUCUAUUGUUGUCUAUGCUCGCAACGUGUUUGAUAAGAUUCCUCAACCAACUCAAGUUCUUUAUAAUUCCCUGAUUUCAACAUUCUCCAAGCUUUCAUUGAACAAAAACGCUUUAGAAGCGUUCGUUUUGAUGCAUGGUAGUGGUACCCAUGUGGUAGGUUCCAUAAUUGCACCCGUUAUGAAGUCGUGCACUUCUUUGUUAGCUGUUGAAUUAGCAAAAGAAAUUCAUUCAUUGGUCGUAAAAUGUGGGUUCAAUUCGGAUAUUUUUGUUCAAACUCCUCUGAUGGAUUUUUAUGCUAAAACGUGUGAUAUUGGAUCUGCAAAGAAAGUUUUUGAAGGGAUUUUUAUGAAGGAUCCAAUCUGUUAUAAUUGUUUGAUUUCUGGAUAUUCGAAGUCUGGUGAUGUUAUAGCAGCACAACGGUUGUUUGAUGAGAUGUCCGAGAGAACUGUUGUUUCGUGGAAUUCUAUGAUUUCUUGCUAUGCAAACAAUGGAUAUUAUCACGAGGGUUUGAGGAUUUUCGAGAGGAUGCGGGCUGGGGGAUGUAGCCCCAAUGAAAUCAGUGUAGCCACUGUACUCUCUAUAUGUGCUAAGCAUAGGGAUUUGGAAAUGGGGUUGAGAGUUAAGAAGUUUAUUGACAAGACCAAUUUUCGUUUGAAUAUGAUAGUGUCUACUGCAUUGUUGGAAAUGUAUGUGAAAUGUGGAGCUGUUGAUGAUGCACGUCAUGAGUUUGAUUGCAUGGACAGAAAAGAUGUUGUUACAUGGAGUGCCAUGAUUGCUGGUUAUGCCCAAAAUGGGAGACCGAGUGAGGCCUUGGAGCUCUUUGAACGCAUGAAAAAUGAACAAAUUGAACCUAAUGAUGUUGCCCUUGUUAGUGUUCUAUCUGCUUGCUCUCAAUUGGGUUCAGUGGGAGUUGGUGAGCGCAUUGGCUACUAUGUAGAGAGUCGAGGUUUUAUCUUCAAUGUUUAUGUUGCCUCUGCACUAUUGGAUAUGUACUCCAAGUGCGGGAAUAUUAGUAAAGCUCGUCAAAUAUUCAAUAAGAUGCCUCACAAAGAUAUUGUUAGUUGGAAUUCACUGAUUGCAGGUCUAGCAGCCAAUGGUUUUGCGGAGGAUGCGAUUAAUCUUUAUGAGAACAUGAAAGAAAUUAGAGUAAUACCAGAUGAUAUAACAUUUGUGGGUGUGUUGACUGCUUGCACCCAUGCAGGCCUUAUUGAAUUGGGGCUUGAGUUUUUCAGAAGCAUUAAAUUGGAUUAUGAUAUUACACCAACUAUAGAACAUUAUGCUUGUAUUGUUGACCUCUUUUGUAGGUCUGGGAGACUGAAAGAGGCCUAUGAGUUCAUAUGUAGAAUGGAAGUGGAGCCUAAUGUUGUGAUAUGGGGCACCUUACUCAGUGCUUCUAGAAUCCAUUCAAAUGUAGAGCUUGCAGAGCUCUCGGUUAAGAAGUUACUAGAACUCGAGCCUGAGAACUCUGGGAACUAUAUCCUUCUUUCCAACAUAUAUGCAAGUGUCGGCAGAUGGCAAGAAUCCUUGAGGGUGCGGAAUUUGAUGAAAAUUAACAGAGUGCAGAAAACCACUGCAUAUAGUUGGAUAGAAGUGGAUAAUAAAGUGCAUAAAUUUUUAGUUGAUGACACAUCCCAUGCUAGAUCUAAUGAGGUUUAUUUCAUUGUUGACGGGCUAGCAAUGCAGUUGACUUCGGCAAGUUAUAAUUUAAAUUCUGACUUAGAAUUUUGAUGAUGUUCAUAGUAGAAACCAAUAAAUGCCUGCUACACAUUUGGAAAAGUAUGUUGGAGCUUAUUACCACAAACCUCAGUUUAAAUCUCAGCAUGAGCUUGGAUGUUCUUCUCUCUUGCUUGUGGUCCAAACAAAAGAAAAGAUGUAUGAGAAAAGUUUUGCAGUAACUUGUUUUCUUUCUUAUGUUGUAUCUUGAUUUAAAUGGCAAUAACACACUGAAAAGAUUGGAAUUUUCAUGUUGCUUGGCCUUUCAAGGCAUAUUGUGAUGUAUGAUAUUCAAAUUUAUCAAAUUUUUGGUUAA